GCUUUUGCGCAUGCGUACAUGCAUUGUCAAACAGCAGAAGGUGCACGCCAAAAACACGUGAAGCGCUGACUAAAAGCCUAGUUAAUAACUGUAUUUUACAAUUGAAAUAAACACAAUCAUUCAAGAUGCCUGCUGCAGUUAAAGACUCGCCAAACAAGGUCUUUGUGAGCAACAUUCCUAAGACAUGGGACGAUGCGAAAUUAGAAUCAAUAUUUGUCAAGUUCGGCAAAAUAUCUCAAGUAAACUUGAUGAAACAUAGAGAGACCGGAGAAUCUAGAGGAUUUGGCUUCAUCACAUAUGAUAGCGAGGAGGAUGCAAAUGAUGCUAUACAGGGAAUGAAUGGAAAGGAUAUUGAAGGAGUGGAGCUGAAAGUAGAUGCUGCCCUCAAGUCUCUACACUCAGGUGGAGCCGGUGGCGAAAGGGGCGGCCGAGGGGGCUUCAGAGGAAGAGGAGUCCCAAGAGGAAGGGGAGGACCUCUUAUGCGUGGAGGCCCAAUGGGGGGCGGGUUCUCCCCAAGAGGCGGACCAAGGGGUGGCUUUAUGCCAAGGGGGCGUGGCGGACCAUUCAGAGGAGGCAUGGGAGGUGAAGAAGGAGGAAGUCGAGGGCGUGGCCGAUUUGAUGGACCCCCACGAGGCGGACCACCAAGGGGCGGACCAAGGGGUGGCAUGAGAGGGUCACCAAGGGGUGCGCCCAGAGGAGCACCCAGGGGGGCACCAAGGGGACGAGGUGGGCCAGGAAGACCUCUAAUCGACAGACCUCCCAUGGAAGAAAUGGACCAAGAUACAGGGUUCAACGGGCCCAGAGGAAGCAGACCUCUACUCGGUAAAGAGCCCCUAUUACAAGACCCUGGAGCGCCAGAUUACCAUCAAGCUCGGGAACCCAUGGGACAUCCCGCCGAGAGAGCCCCAGAAGGAUAUCGUGAUCUGCCCCGGCACAGGCCCGACAUGAAUCAGGAUCGAUUGCAGCCGUGGGCCAGCCAUGGCCGAAAUGUAGGUGGAUACGCAGACGGGGGAUUGCUACCGACACAUGAAGCUCAAUGGGACAACACUGUCGGCGGAGAGAAGGGUGGAGGAUAUUCCGGAGGUUUGCUACCGACACAUCAAGCCCUAUGGGACGAAGCAACUGUCGGGAGAGAGCAGGGUGGCGGAUACCCCGACCGAGGUUUGCUUCCAACUCGCCAAGCCCAGUGGGACGAGGCACCUGUGAGAAGAGAUCUGGAACCCCUCAUGCGUGAGAGAGAGGCUAGGGCGCCACCUCAAAUGGAGCGUCAUGCAGCAGAGCGCCCUCGCUCUUCCUUCCCACCAGAGCGUGAAGCAGGCUAUGGUGGCCGUGGUGGCGCUGGUGCUGCUCCCGCUUCCCAGUAUGGAGAAGAGAGCUAUGGUGGAGCCCGUGGUGGAGCCCGAGGUGGAGCCGCUGGACGUGGUGCCGCCCAGGAGGAGUACGGCCAGCAGAGCCGUGGAGCAGGAGGAGCUUAUGACUACGCCGAGUCCAGGCCUGCCAGGGCGGAGUAUGGGGCUGCUUCUGCUGCCGCUGCUGAUCCAUACCGCUCCAGAGCUCCCUAUGGAGCCAAUAGUGAGCCAACUCCAGCUCGCCAAACCAGAGAAAGUUUUGGCGAGCGUGACUACGCGCCUCAAGCUCGAAGCGCCGACCCGUACGGUGCGGCUCCGUCGGCUGCAGCAUCCCGAGGAUACGGAGCCAGGGAGCCUGCCCUCCCCCGCGAUGCACCCAUGUCCCGUGAAGCACCAAGGGGACGCGACCCAAUGGCCGCCCGGGACUACGCCCCUCCUGCCCGUAGCCAGAGGGACUAUGCUGAACCGGCUAGACGUGAAGAGACUGUAGGGGAUUACGCCAGGGGAGGCUUUGCUGAGGAAAGACAAGCAUCUUCCUUUUCCUCAAGAACCUUUGAUGAAUAUGAGAAGGCCAGUAGCCGGGGAUACGGAGCUGCCUCAGACAGCUAUGGCUCUGCCAGGGACCCUGCUGGAAGCUCAUCAAGUUCAAGAUCGGCCUUUUCCUCUCGCGAUCAGUACCCAAGUGGGCGUGGCGAUCGUGCCGAAAAGCCCGGGUACGGCGACUCUUACAGAACCGCACCCCAAUCCUCCUACGGUGGCCGCUCUGCCCCCGCCGAUAGAAAUGGGGGCGGCCGCCCUUACAGCCGUUAUUAGACCAAGAGAAGCCGCUCAAAUAUCAAGAGAAAAUUGAGAGAGAAAAAUUCUGACUGUUUGUCAGGCCCUUUUAAAACAUCAUUGAGGCAUUCGUUGAAGAAUGAUUUGUAAAUAGGAAUUGCGUUUUUAUACAAUGAAUUAGAGGGAACGAUAAUGUUAUUAAUUGGGUGUUUCACGAUGUUCUUAUUUGUAUGAAUAUUCCAAAAUGAAGUAGUGAUUGUAUUGGACUAUGUUGGGAUAGAGUGUUAACAUUUAACUGUUCUUUAACAGCUUUAAAAGUUCCUUUUUAAAGUUCGAUGAGCAAUUCCAUUUCUUUCUUUUUUCAAAUAUCAAAAAGGUUCUAAAGGCAAAGUAAAUUGAAUAACGUCAUUCUCAAAACCAAUGAAACAGUAAAAUUGGUAUUGAAAAGAAAAAUAACUCGAAGAAUAUGAAUGAUAUCAAUAUGAAUGAUAUCAAUGCCACCCCUAUAAAACUAAGGUGGAAUACACAUAAAAGAUGUUUGACAAUGGAAAAGGUGUAUCUUAAAGGAAUGAAUAGAUAAGCUCCACUAACUUGGGCAUUGAUAUUUUUUGUCAGGUUAUGCAUUCACUCAAAUGGUAUUCAUAGUACAUGUAGAUAUCUGGCAACCUCAAAAAAUGGAAUUUUCUUCUCGCCUUUGUCUUAAAUUGAAAAUUACAGAGUGCUGUUGAUGAGAUGCAAUAUUAUGCCUUUCAACGACAAACAAAUAAUUGUAAUGUAUUAAUUUUUAAAAAAAGAAUGAUGUGGAAAAAUAAAAGGAUUCGAUUUUGUUAGCAGCUGCUCAUGCCCGAAAAAUAUAAGCCCCAAAAAAUAAAUUGAGAUCCAAUUCAGAUACAAGUUACUGAAGUGAGUAUUUUUUUAAGGUUUAUUAUUUACAAAGGCAGAACAAUAAAAAAAAAAAACAGAAAAUAGGGUUUGGUAUUCUGAAGAGUCAUGAAAAAAAAUGGACAAUGGAACAAGGUUUGUUAUUCCUGACAUUCAUUAGUCUCAAAAUAAAAUAAGGUGUAACAAGCUGUAACUGGGCAAUUCCAUAAAAUAAGUACGUUCGACCCCCUACAUGUGGGACCUUCAUGAAAUUUUUUGGUCUGAUUCUUUUCUUUUGACAGUCUGUAAUGCUCUCAAUUGACCAUGACAUGGUCAAUUUAUGAAGUGAAGUAAGACUUUAGAAAAAUAGGGUCGGACGUAUAAAAAGAUUAUUUUAUGGAAUUGCCUGACUCAUAAAUGGGGAAAUAUAAAACUUUGAAGUACAAAAGGGAAUUGCUUACAACUAAAACUUCCCAUAUGCCUGUAUAGCCAGAAUACUGGACGUUUGAGAAAAAAUAACUAAAAUAUAUCAUUCUUAUUACCCUGUGCAAAAAAGUCACAUACAUGUAUGACGUGUUGAAAAUGGUGAAAAAAGAUAGAUUACAGCUUUUCACCUAAAAAGUAGUCAAAUUUCAGAAAAGCAAAUAGACACUUGGUAUAUUUUGUGCUGCUGUAAAUUUGUUUUAUAGGUAUUGUAAAUUGAAUUAGCAAAUCUGUAACCAGUGUAUCUUGGCAUUUAUUGCCGUAAUUUCUGCUUUAUGUAAUAAUGAGAACUGGGACUUGAUAGAAAAGUUUGUUAUGAUCGUUGUACAUAUGUAUUGGUAGCUUGAUCUGUUUUUAAAGAGGCAUGAUGUUAGAGAAAAAAGAAAUUGUCAAUCAAUCAGAAGAAGUAUCUCAGCAGAGAAAUAGGAAAUGGGAAAAAUUGAAUCUCAAUUAGGAAAUACAGAAUCUCAAAUUUUAUUCAAGUACGUGAGGAAAUGCGACCAGACACUAUUUUUAAAAUAGAUGUAAUUUUAAUACCAUUAUCGUUGUUUGUUCUGUACUUACAUGUAAAUUAGUAAUGGCUAUGAGUGGAUUUAUCGAUCUAGCAUCUCUCCUCAUCCCUCUUUUUGACAACCUCUUUUACAUGUAUAGUUUUAUAUUUUUGUUAUUGUACUAUUGAUUAUGUCCGGAAAAAAGCAUAUGUUUCAAUAUCCUGCGGGGAAAAUGGAAAGGACAAAAAAAUGAAAAGAUGAAAAUAAUAGAUUAUACAGAGAGUGUAGAAGUGCACCUAAAUCAACGCAUGCACACAAAAACACCCACAAUAUACAAAAUAAAAGCAUGAAAAAAGUUGAAAGUGUUGCUGGGUAUAUCCACAAUACACAAAAUAAAAGCAAAAUGAAAAAGCAAAAGAAAGGAAAUUGAAACUAGUGUUUGCAGGUAUCUAUCACAUAAGAUGUAUGGAUUUUACUCUAUUUUUAUGAUUUUUAAGAAAGUGAUCAUAAAGUAGUUGUUUUUGUAAGUGCUUUGUAUUUAA